UACUUAAUAGUUCAGAAUAGUUAAGAAAAUGAAAAUGGCCGAUUAAAGUUAUUGUCAGAAUGUGUAAUAUAAAGAUAAGUUAUUUUACAAUGGAAUUCUUCGAGAAUAUUUUGAAAUUAAGACAGGGUAAUGCAACCAAAAUUGUACAGUAUAAUGGUGAUACACUUAUUACAAACAGCUGUAGAGGUUUUGCUAACAAAAGUUGGUUUCGACAUUCUGAAGAAAAUUUCAUUUGCAAUUACGCCUGUAGAGCCUGUCAGCAUUCUCGCUUGGUGCAAGGAAUUUGUCUCCGCUAAAAUGCUUUUGGCAGACUCAAGGCCGUUUAGUAACGGCCACGUUACGACUGACGAGGAAUAUAAUUUUAAACGAAAUACAUUUCGACCACGUUUAAUAUCAGAAAGUUCGGUCGUUUCAGAAGACAAUUAUGAGAUUGUUUUCGAAACAGAUUCUGAAAAUAUUUAUGACAGCGAUUUUAAUUACAGUGAAUCGACCGAUGAUAGUCAAAAUGAAAAUGAAAGUGAAUGUGAAAUAACUCAAAAUGAAAACACAUAUAAUUAUCAAACUCGUAAGGUGACAUUUAAUCUGACACCAGUUGUACAUACGAUGGUACAGUGGGACUAUGCAUAUCGUGCUGCUCGAAAAGGUCCAUGGGAGGAAAUGGCCAGAGAUAGAGAAAGGUUUAAAGGACGCAUUAAUUGUAUUCGAUGUAUCCUUGAACCUAUUCUACAAAUUCAACAUCGCACUCAUAUAUGGCAAGAACGAUUUGCAUAGUGGGAUCAAUAAUUGUUUAUUAUCUGUACAAAAGAAAAUUUUUCACGAAGGUUGCUGAAAUCACUAAGGAAAGGGAUAAAUAUUUUGCAAUAAAAGAUAAUAUGUAAAAUAAAAGUCUUCCAAAAAGAAAAUAGAAAAAGGCUGUGAAUGUAUAGUUUAGAACAGGGAUUCCCAAUAGUUACUAAAUUUAAAUAAAAAACAUCCAGAAAUCUUAAUAAUAUAUGUUCAAUAGUAUGAAGUAAAUGAUGGAAAAAAAUUUAUAUUUCUUGUUUAAUUGCAAUAACAAUUCUUUUACAGAAAAAAAUAAAGUUGUCAAUAGACAAUGCAUUGGUCUAAAUAAGAAAUUAUGGAAAUUGGAGUAAAGAAAUCAUUUGAUGCAUGCAAUGGGUCACAUUCAAAAACACUUUUGAUAUAAGAUAUUUGUAAUUUUAAUUUAAAUAUGUGGGAUCCCAUUUCUUCACAGUUUCAUAUUUUUAUUCAAAAGGGUUAAAAGAUUUGUUAUUUGUAAUUACUUUUGGAACGUAAAUAUACUACUAAAGAGAGCAGAUAAAUUGCAUAAAAUAAUAAAAUUAGAAGUUCCCAUAAUAAUUUCAAUUUUAGCAAACAUUUUUUUAUGAUUCUAAAUAUAAUAUUAUAUAUAAGCGAUAUAUUAUUUCAAUAUUAUCUAAAAUGUAUAUUUAUAAGUAUUGCAUUCAAAUAAUUUCUUUCGCGUAAUAUUAAACUAAAUUGCCGAGCAUAAGUAGAAUCAUUGAUAGCAUCUGGAAUAUGUCUAAUAACAAAAACAUAUUUUUUAUAUUAUGAAAACCAAAGAAGUAUAGUUAUGUGUCAUUGAAACAUGCAAAAUAAAACACUUAAAUAAGUCAUUCUUAUAACGCAUUUCUUUAUUAAUGUAUUGAUAUCUAUUAUAAUUAUUAUCUUAAACUUAGAAAUGCUUUGUAGAAAUUUCAAUGAAUUAUUGAAUUUUAUUUCAAUUAAUAUUUGUAAGUAGCAAUUUUCAAACGAUAAUAAAAUACAUAUUUUUAAUUUAUAAUAGAAAAUGAAAUAAGAAAUAACAAGUUUAUGAUCCAAGUUAUAUAUCCCAAAAAAUUCAGCAGCCUUGUGAAAGGUAUUGAAGAUUUUUCUUAAAGCGUUUAAGCUUAAUCUGGAGGAAAUUUUAAAACCAAAAAAUAUUAUAUACAGGAUGAUAUAUUUAAAUGGGAACAUUCAAUAAUUCUUUAUUGUUUAUUAAUUAAAGCUAGAUGUUUAAUAAGAAAUCAUUUUGAAGAAAAAUCUUCUAUUACCAUAUUUAUCCUUUCAUAUGCUAUAACUUUAUCCUAAAAAAUAAUAUUUUACAUUAAUAAGCAACCAAGAUGUUUAGAUGGUUUUCUUUAAAUGUUUCACCCUGUAUAUUUGUAAUAUGUAUCAAAAUUAGAUGAAAAUGCUAUAAAUCAGUAAACUCAUACUCGACAUAUUGACAGCAUAUUUCCGCGUGUUUUUGUUUUACACAUUUUAUGUAAUAUAUAUGUAUAUGUGUUAUGUAAUAUAUAUAUAUAUAUAUAUAUAUAUAUAUAUAUAUAUAUAUAUGUAUAACAUUAAAUUAUUAUACAAAAAUUAUUUUAAACUGCAUAAUUAUCAAAUGUAUAUAAAAGAUUUUUAAUGUAUCACAAUACGUUCACAGUACAAAUAUUAUGAUUUUUAUGCGCACCAUAUAAAUAUGUAUAUAUAUUAUAUGUAUAUGAGAAAAAUACGUAAACUCAAUAAAUUCAACGAUUUGAGUAAUAAAUAAUAUAGGUGCGAACUGAAAAAAUGCAAGAAGAAAUGAGCAGAACGUGGAACGAUAUGUGCGAUACGUAACUUCACUGCUAUUUUUAAAUCCGUCAAUAGUUGACUAAUCAAAAAUCACCGUUUUAUAUGCUCUUCACAUUCCUAAAAAAAUAUACUUCUCUACUAGUAACAAUAAUUAGUAACAAUACUAGUAACAAUACUAGUAACAAUACAUAGAUUAAAGCGUUCUGUUUAUUAAUAAUAAAAAUCGUUUCGCUGUAAUAAUAUGCGCGAUCGAAAAUGUUGAUAGAAACGUGCAAAAUUUUGUACACUACUCAAUAAAGCUUUGUAUAAAACUUAA